UGUUGGUGUUUAUAAGUAUUUAAACAUGUCUCGAUAUUAGCUUUACAGAUAUAGGCUACGAAUAAAAAUAUGCAGUCCUUGUCGUCUAUAUUGACAAUACCAACUGGAAUCUCUCUACUGACCCAAAUCACUUUAAUUAUAAUGAUUUGGGUAAUGAUGAACAACAAAUUAAAGGAAACCAAAAAGGUUUCAGAAAGAUUGGACGACGAAAUAAUGUGCAUGAAAUGUUGUUUCGAUGCAAACAUGAACGAAAGUUGCCAAAACGAAUGCGGUCACAGCAGCAUUUCUAAACGAGGUCAAUGCGGUAGGCCGAGUAACAAACACCAACGUUUGUUUUCCGACGAUGAAAUACAACAGAUAAUAAAGAAGGAAUAUACCACUGGUCUCAACAGCAGACUUGGAAGAUACUUUAUACACCCAAAACAACAAUUUGACCAAAAGUUAAAAACCUUACGUAAGAUGGUAGAGACCUCUCAUCGACCAAAAGCUUUUAUGACUAUAGGACAAUCAAAUGGACCGCCAUUAAAAACCACAAACUGCAGUCGAGCGUUAUCUUGGAACACGGAAAUCGGGGCUGCUUUUUGUUACGUUGACGGUUUGACAUACAUGAACGAAUCUGGCUUGCAAAUUCAAGGCACUGGACAGUACUUGGUUUACAUGCACACCACUUUCAUAAGAAAUAAGCCUUCUGAGAUGGAAGAACCGAUUAGAGGCGAUAGAAUCGGGAAUUGUAUGCUGACACAUAUGGUACACAAAAGCUCAGGGGACAGCAGCAUCGAAAUAUUAAUGAAAAGCACCGAAACAAGAGAUUGUGGCGUUUUUAUAGCUCAUCACAGAAAACGAAGAGGGUCAGAAUCUAAAACAAACGUUGGGUUUCAAACACUGCACACAACAGGUAUUUUUAAACUGGAAAAAGGAGAUCACAUUCAACCGUUUUACCAUAUGCCAAAGUAUAUGAAAGUAGGCUGGACCAGCACAGAAACAUUCUUUGGAAUAUUUAUGUUAUAAAUAGAAUAAUAAUAUAACAUAUAGUAGGGUUGGGGAAGAUGGUACACUUUUCCAUUCUAUUUUCUCGUCCCAUUUGGCAGUAAACAAAAAGGAACACUAAAGAACAAGAAUUAUAAAAUCGUAUCUCCACGCCUCCCAUAGACCGUUGUUAAUUGAAACACGAUCAGGAUAUUAUGUGCUGAAGGUGUCCCGUCUCCCCACCCUACUACACGUUUUUUUUCUCUUCGGAUACAUAGUAACGAAGAUGUAAUAGAAAUGUAAAUGGUUUUUUUGAAUGCACUUACUAGUUUUGUACAACAUAAUUCAUGCCUUUGUAGAGCAUUAAAAAUCGCGUGUAAAUGCCAGACGUUUGCGCAAAUUGAAUAAAAAAACAUGUGUGAAGC